AUGCUGAGCGAACUUCUUCGCCCAGAUUCGGAUAAGAAUAAUAAUGGAACUGAAUGGAAUAUUUUUAAAAAACUAAAUCCUGAUAUUAGUACUCAAAAUCGUCAAUCACCAACAAAUUUUCGUGAAUUUCCCAUCGAUGCAGAGAAUCCAAGGCCGACCAAUAUUCUACGUGAUCUACUUAGCGCAAAGAAAUCUACGCCUGAGGCUAAUAAAAUUAUUUUAAAGAAAUUUCUCUCCACUGCUGGCGAAACACAUAAUAAGAUUCCAGUAUUCAGUGUUUCACAACAUCGAGCAACAAAUGAAUUUAUCAAGUCAAAGCAAAUUAAUAAUAUACAUGGAAGACACUAUCAUUCAACUAGCAGUCAACGUGUUCGAAAGCGAAAACGUGUUUUGUUCGAACGUCACUCUUCGUCAAAUUCAGAACUAUUUUGCCAAAAAUCAGCUGAUGAACGUAUAAGAUCGAAAGAAAUCCUGCUUAUUAUUUCAGAAGUGACCUCAGAAGAAAGCCAUAAAAUUUUCGAAAGUUUGGCAAUGCCAAAGUUAUCAAAACAUAACGAUAUUGCAUACUACCCCACCAUACAUUGCGUUUUAUGUAAUGAAUGGGUUUGCUCAAGAAAUAGGUUGACUCAUGUCGAAUCACAUUUGCAAUAUCGGCCUUAUCGCUGCAGCAUCUGUGGUUAUGAUAAUCGGAAAGAAAUCUUCAUUUCAUUACACAUCGCCAAAAUACAUAAAGGCAAGGGCGAAGUAUUAUUUGAACCUGACAGUGAACUUGAACUUCAGUAUGUUUAUUUAUUUAAAGUAAUGCAACCAACAAUUUUUUGUUUAACUAUUUUUAAUCUAUAA